AAAUAACCUUUUGAGCAAAUUAGCAGGCUAGACAUCAGGGUAGCUAGAGAGCAGAUUAAACAUUUGGAUGCACUUUCUGUGAGUUAGCUAGCAAGGCCCAGCCCCUUCUGCUGACGUCUUUCCUCUCUAUCACACAUCAGACUUUUCCCAGUGGAGCUGGAGAACAGGCUUCAAUGAAAACUGCCUGUUUGCAGCUAUAUGGAGAUUGCAGGCACCACAAUCACUAUUUCCUCCACCUGACCUGGAGCAGAAACUCCAUCAUCAGGAUAGAAAGGUAGCCUUGUUGCCUAGCAAAGGUGGGAUGAUUUAUCUCUGUCUCUAGAUUGGUCCCUUUUCUUUGCUGCACAAGAGAAUUGUUUUCAGACUUCCAAGGAGAAUGAAGCCAGGCUAGAAAUCACAGUGGAUGUGUGAGAGCUGCUCUCCCAGGGAAGAGAAGGAGUCACAGGUUUUCUGUGCUUUUUGUUUCUGUGCAGCUCAGGACAAUGGUUUUAUCUGCCCCAAUUAUAGCCCUUGGGGCUACCUUAGGGACUGCAACUAGCAUCCUUGCACUCUGCGGUCUCACCUGCUUCUGCAAAUGCAAGCAACCUGGGAAAGGACUCUCAGAAAAGGACCAAGAUGAGGACAUGGAAAAUACUAAGCCCAGUGUGCUUCAGCCAGCCCAACAAUUCAAUGUUAAGAAAACGGCAGAGCCAGUCCAGCCUCGACCACUCCUGAAGUUUCCCAACAUUUAUGGCCCCAAACCAAUGGUAACUUCACCUGAAAUUGUUAACUACACACAAUAUUCCUUGAAGACAACAGAAGAACCAGCUACUGGAAAACAUACUGUUCUGGAUGAGAACAGGAUGAAGAUACAAGUCAAUGAAGAGCUUUUUGUUCUCCCUCAAAACGUUUCAGGUGUGGUAAAAGAUGUGUGUGUCACGGAGCACUUGAACCCCGAGAGGGCAGCCAGCUGUAACCAGGUCCCUGAACUGCGCUACUCCCUCACGUACGACCAACAAAAAGCUGAGCUGUGUGUGGCCCUUCUGGAAGCUAUGCAUGGCAGAAUGAGUGGUGACCAGGAUGCCGGCUGCCAUUGCUACAUACUGGGCACGCUGGUGAGCAAGUCUGGCAUUGCUGAAGCCCAGACAGAGCUGAAGAAGAAGGUACUUCACACUCUCUGGGAGGAGGUCCUGCGGUUCCCAUUACCCAAGGAGGAGAAGCCUGAGGGGACACUGACUCUCACCCUGAGAAACUGCGACAAGUUCUCCAGACACAGCAUUGUGGGGGAACUCAAACUGAGCCUUGCUGACAGAGAGGACUCCUUUGGGAUGGCCCAGUGGGAAAGGCUAAAGAUGCCAGAGAAGGAGCCAUCUACAGGCCAUGGAGAGGUUCUGCUGUCAAUCAGCUACCUGCCAGCAGCUAACCGCCUGCUUGUGGUGAUUAUUAAGGCUAAAAAUCUCCAUUCCAAGCAGCUGAAAGAUCUACUUGGAAAUGAUGUUUCUGUCAAGGUGACACUGAGGCAUCAGUCCUUGAAGCUGAAGAAGAAGCAGACCAAACGUGCCAAACACAAGAUCAACCCUGUCUGGAACGAGAUGAUCAUGUUUGAGGUGCCUCAUGAGCUGCUGCGUGCCUCCAGUGUGGAGCUGGAAAUGUUGAGCCAGGAUGCUGCUGGGCAGAGCCAUGUGCUCGGCAAGUGCAGCCUGGGCUUGCACGUCACAGGAACGGAGAGGAACCACUGGGAAGAAAUGCUGAGAAAUCCCAGGAGACAAAUUGCCAUGUGGCACCAGCUCCACAUGUAGGUACACCAUGAUUACUGCCAACCAGAUUUCCACCCAGCCUCUGAGCAUGGAGGAAUAAGCUGCAUUUCACCUUCCACCUUACCAUCCACAAAGUGGCCUGGCACAGCAUUUUUCUUAGGCCACCCUCUCUGAUUUCCUGCCAAAAGAAUGCCUCAUGAUAGCCCAGGGAAAUGUCUGGAAAUCUAAUUAGAGGACAAUCUCUCACCCAAUCAAGUGGUCUUCUGAAACAGGGGCUUGGCUGUCUACAUGGUUUGAAUUACUUUUAUUAGCCUGCCCAUUGUCAUUUCUGUGAAGUCCCUGUUUCUGUAGAGGAGCAGAGGGAAGCAGAGGAAUCAUGGAAAUUUAAGCUGCUUCUUGGCACCUGGCACUGUCACCCAAGUUAAUGGUGAGGGCCUGCUCCAUUAUUACAAACAUGCAGCAGCCAUUUUGCCAGCCACAGUUUUUCAUAAUGCUAUAUAAGAUCAUAAGAAAUGAAGAUCACGACAUUAAUGUUGACUUCUGACCCAAAGUAAUAGUAUGAAGGAAAGAGAGAAGACAUGUGGAAGCAUAGACCAAUUUACUGUAGAUGGAUAUCUAGAAAUAGAGAAAACAGAGGAAGAAGAGAGACAGGCAAUACUAUCAUCCUGUGUAACCUUUGAAGCAAACACUGCCAAAUAAGAAGUCAAAUACUUUCCUUCACUUUUGUUUCCUAAAGUGUUUGAUAUCUUAGAUUUAAGAUUCAUAAAAAUUGUUGAAAGCAUGAAUGUUUCAUGAUCCUAUGACAGAAUACCCAUAUUUUCUAUCUUUCUAUAAUGUCACCCAGGAAGACCCUAAACAUGGACAAACAGUUAUUGUGGAUGUUACCUCCAAAAUCUUGGACCAAAUCCUUCUGCUUUCUGACAUUUAUUUUUUUUGUUUGGGAAUUUCUGAUCUGGAAAAGUCUCAAAUACACUAAUUAUAUUCCAGGCAGCAUCUAAGACUAGACAAAAUAAGUGGGAUCAUUUCAUACCUUAGCAGAUGAUUGAUGGUUUUGGUUUGACAGUUAACUAUGACACUCAAAUCCUCAUACCAGCAUUACUUGAAGACAACCCUUAAGAACUGACAUCUAUUUCAUCACUUCCAGACAGAAGGAAUUCACUGACCAGACAGACUCUCUAGGGCUGGUUUUUUUUUUUUUUUUUUUUUUUUUUUGGUGUGUGUACACUUUCAAGAUUUGACAUGGCUUAAAUGUUACUGUUUACUGUCCUUUUAUUGUCUAGAUGGACUGAAAAGCUGGAAUUGGCAGCAAUGAUGUUAUGACCUCAAAUACACACUGUUUGUUCUACCACUUUAUUUCAAGUAGCAGACACAGCUUUGAGGGUCAUGCAUGGGGACAAAACAUCUAAAAAUCUGAGAACAGAAUCAUAUGGUUUGUAACACUGAAAAACUCUGAGAACAUUUUUUUCCCUGGGGUCAGCUAUUAGAGGGUCCCUCUAUUUCAAAUAGAAAUAAAUUUAUUUCAAUAAAUUAAUUUAUUUCAAAUAGAAAUAAAUAGAGAAAGUGAAAACAACCAGAAUCAGUCUCUGAAAACUGGCUGAAGAGCCAGGCACAGAAGUUUAUGAACAGAGGGGUGAUGUUCAGCUGGAAGCCACUCACUGUUACUGACUGGGGCUGGUAUUUGGACCAACUCUGCUUAACAUCUUCAUUAAUGACCUGAACAACAGGAUGGAGCGCACCCUCAGCAAGCUUGCUGAGAUUGAUCCUUGGAGAAAAUCAGAGAGAGACAGGGAAGUACAUGUAAGUAAGUAAGUAAGGAAGGAAGAAAGCAAGGAAGGAAGGAAGGAAGGAAGAAAGCAAGGAAGGAAGGAAGGAAGCAAAAAAUCCUUUUUUACUGUGAAGAUGAUCGAACACUGGAACAAGUUUCCAAAAGAGGUUGUUGAUCCUUGGAGACACUCAAACCUGACUGGGCAUGGUGCUGGACAACCUGCUGUAGUUUACCCUGGCUUGAGCAGGGAUGGGGUUGGACAAGAUGAGAUCUUCAGAGGUCCUUUCCAACCUCAGUGAUGUUGUAACUCUGUGAACAAAUCAACAAGGUCAAUGUACACUGGAAAACGUUAUCCAUACACUGCUAUUCCCAUUAUAGGUGGUGUAGCCAGAAGUUACAGGAGCACUUUGAAGGAAGUGGUAAAAACAGCUUUGACCAAGCAAACACACAGAAAAGCAAAAUAUGUCAAUGACUCAUACCUAAUAAUUUCAUCUCUGAUAUUGCUCUACUGGCUAGGAAGGAUUUAAACAAAAACAGAAUUGAUUUAUUUUUUUUGCUCUGUGGGCUUUUGUUUAUUAAGAAAAAGAUGUAGGAUUCUGUGAAUAAACUAGACACAGUAGAGAUUUAGUUGAUAGGGCAUUCUUACUAGUUGCUUCAACACAAUCCUAGUUAUGUUCAUGAUUUGUCUGUAUGUAUUCCUAUAGAUUUGGAAUAAUGUUUUCCAUUUAAGUGCAAAAUUUGUUGUCAUGUUGGUCUACUCUACCUGUAGUUUUCUGGCAAUGCUGCAGUUUUCUUCUUUCUUUUUAGGAUAAUGAUAAGAAGGAUAACUUCAUGGUAUGAUGCUAUUUGGCUGGCACUGAAAGCCUGAAGGGCCAAAUAUUUGUCUUGCUGCCAAGAGAUUUCUCUAGUUCUGCCUCCUUAUUUUAAUGAGCCUUUUAUAACGUCUUGGUGACUGAUUGUAAACAGCAUUAUCUGCCUCUGCCCCUGGUGAUUUUGGCACACCCUGUAAUUAGAUAGCAAUCCUACAGCAUCUAAGAAAUAGCCCCCUGAAAUCUGAUUUUGCUGUGAAAAAGAAUAAUGUCCUCUUUUACUGCAGAAAAAGAUGUAUAUAUAGAUGAAUACAAAACUUUCUUAGGGCAAAGUGGUGGCAUUGGUGUUAAAGACUGGUGUUGUUCCCUCCUUUGCUGCAUCAGAAUUGAAAUGGGGAAGAGCAGUACAAAUGUAUGCAUCUCUCUGGUUCGAUCUUUUCUGUUUUUCUGGCAUUUUAGCCUGGGAAGAAUGUUUUUUGCAUUCACCACAGUCUUAACAACCUGCCAGGUGUUGGUUUAAUGAGUGCCGUUUGUUCAGGGACUAAAAGGCAGUGCAGUUAAGGGUGCUGGCUCCCAUGAGCAGAAGGAAUGCUGCGUACGUGUGGUACUGGAGGGGCAGGGACGCCCAGCCCGGGCCCUUUUGAACUCUGUUAAUAGGGGCUGUUUGUCAUCACAUUCCUGCACCUGUCCAGGGCCCUGCCCUUAUCCCAGGUAACCCACUGCCUGUAUCACAUGUUUAGCCAUGCUUGUAUGUCCCCGAGCCCUGGCACGGUAGGAGCUGGACAGGCCCAGGCAGAUGAAUUACGCAGUUACUGUUAUUAUAAAUAUAAACAAAAAGUAUUGGAAAUCCUCAGUGUCAUCAUAAUGAGUAGUUUCAGCAAUACGAGCAGUAAAAGCAUCAUUUCAGCAUAAAAUUGCCAGAGAACUGAGGCAGACAGCUCCAUGGUUUUCAGUUCCUGAAGCUGUAAAUACAGGAAUAUCAGCGAGCAUGACUGACAUGUCUGAAAUUAAGGGCUGCUGCUUAUAAACUGCAUUGUACCAGAAGAAGCUAAAAAAAAAGCAGUUAUGACAACUAAUGUUCUUAAGCUCUGUGUGUGACCAAGCAGCCAGGUAUUUAGAUUCCCCAGUGGUGAUUCAGAGGCUGCACAGAUCAUUCUGCCUACUAUAACCCACUAACAUGAAUGUGCAAGUAUGGCUGUAAGUGAAGUAAGGAGGAAGGAAAAAAAUGCAGUCAAUCUGGUUAAAAAGAGCAGUCCUUUUCACAAAGGGGACAGGGACUCUGAGGAUGGGGGUUCACUAUUCCUCAUCCAGUUGCAGAAACCAAACGAGACUACUGCUGUCAGACAGAAUGAGAAACGCAGCUCCCGUAUUGCAUCCAGCAUCCCCUGGGAGAAAGCUGGUCUUCUGCUGAGACCUCUGUUCACAGGAGGGAACUGAGAGGCCAGAAGAAGUAACCUGUGGCUGCAUUAAGGUGCUAUUUGGUCAAAACAUAGAAGAUAGCCAUAUGUUGUCUUGCCUUGGCCUGCCCUCAGAGCUAGUACUCUGCAUUUUUUUAGCAUCUGUCAUCAGUACUUUGUGGGAGUAGUGUCCCAAGACACACAUUUUUUACUGGAAUGGAGGAGGUUGUAAUUUGGGCUCUAGAAAUACAGCCCAAGGUUUGCCCAAAUUUUCCUGAUGUGUGUGAAUCUGAGAUUCUGGACCUGAUCUUCAUCAAAUGGUGUGCAGGAAACUGGAUGUUACUUUAAUUACUUGCUUCCUGUGAUGACCAUUGAAAAGGCAAACCGUGUAGUUAUUUCCCACAUCAGUGCUGCCACCUCUGCAGCAUAAAGACACAAUAGCUGUAAAUUGCAUACUAUGCGUUACAGCUCAACUGUUCUUCACCACUGGCAAGCACAUGAUUUAUAGACAGCAAUAUGGUGGGAAAUAGUUUAAAAACUGUAUCAGUAGCAGGGGUCUGAGUUAAGCACAAUGACGUUUAGUUAAAUCCGGGAGCCAAGGUAGCUUGGACCACGCUUCUUGCACUCUUUUGGAGCUCAGUUUGAAGUUUGAUUGGAUUGAAGGGCAAAGCUUUGGCAGCAUCUUUUUUGUGUUUCAGAAUGUAACUAUGUCUCAAAAUGAAUUUGGUUCGUGUGCUGAAAGAUAAGCAUGAUGAGCAAAUAUAAAUACUUGACACUUUAUAUUGUUUUAUUUUGUGUUGGUAAUAGCAAACUCUACAACAAUAGCGGUAAAGUGAAAUAGUGUUUUGUGGCCUUCCAGCAUGAGAAGGCUUUUCUGCUUACUCAGUCCUUCAGUGUUUGAAUGUGUUUAUUGUACAGAGCAGAUAUUGUUUGUCAAGACUAUAUUGUACGCACAGUCCAAAGCACAAACAAGAGCAUGAGACUCAACCAUUGUGUCUAAUGUUACAGCACAAAAUGUAAAUCACCACAAGUAAAUAAUUCCAAACUGUA